AUGACUUGUCUUCCAGGCUGUGGAAUCGUCAUGCAAAACAAGCAGAACAUUUCCGUGUACACGAUAUCCGAAAGGCUGGCACGGUUCAGUUCUGCCGGUCGAGAUAUCCUGACGGUUGAAAUACCAAUUCCUCAGCCCGAGUACUCGGACGUCGACGAGUACGUUGCUGUGUUUGGCGAACGAGGGCUUCUUGAUGUAGUUGACGAAGUGGAGCUUCGGAAAGAACUAACCAACUUUAUUCGUGACAAAACACAAAAGUUCCAGGAGGAGAGGGAUGAUGCGUUAAUCAAAAAAGCCCUAGAAAGAGGAUUCGAUAAGACGGAAUUGGAGCCAGCAGCAAGUUUUUCGGUGGACCAUCAUGAAGAUUUUGCGAACAAGUUCUCGUUCGUUAUGCGGAACUCUUCGAGCUCACAAUUGGCCGAGUUAAUGCGAAGGCAAAUCAUUAUGAUAAACGAAAUGAGUCAGAUUAUUCGAGUGAGGAACUGGGAAGUAGCAGAUCUGACGAAUAAGUGCGAGACUGCCGUGAACGACGCGUUCCUUAAUGCCGAUGUUCACCCUCACGAGCUCAGUAAACUUAAUGAGAAGUUAAGAAACCUUCACGCAUCCUAUGCCUGUCAGAUCGAACUGUUGGUGGAACAACAGAAACGAGAUUUCAGGACUUCGCCGUCAGAGGUUACUCUGGACGAAGUUUGUGAUGAAGGUGUCAAUGAGAGCUAUACCAUCUAUAUAGAAUUUGCUCGUGUUUGCGAACAAUCCACUGAGCUUCAUUUUGAGUCUUUGCCAGAACAACUGAAGGGUGUUGUUGAAUCGGCUAUAAAGGCAAAACGUUGGAGAGAAGAAUUCGCUUCAGGGCAGCCGAAGUCAUCUGAGGGUGACAUGCCAUUGAAAGUAGUACAUGAUGUAGCGUUGGAACCAGGCGACGUGUACUGCACUAGGCACUCCAAUCUCAGAGAUGUUCAAGUUGUGUUCCACUUGGUCAUGGAUGAUUCCCUUUAUUCCGCAGAUAUAUCGAGCCGUCAUCCUUGUCUGAAUGGGAUCCGUAACAUUAUUCGACUAACUAUCCGACUAGGUAUAACUUCUAUCCAUAUUCCGUUGCUUCUUGUCGAAGAAGCGUGUGAGAAUAUGACAAUCGCUUGGUGUAUGAAGAGAGCUGAAAUGGUCUUCAAAUGCGUUAAAGGUUAUCUUAUGGAGGUAUGUGGAAUUUGUGGCGGAUCUGCUGUCGGCGGUGGUGUGACAAAUGUUCCGCACUACAAUGUUCAUCUUGUGCUUCCGUCAGGACUGGCCGAUGGAGUGUAUCAACAGAUUUCUGCCAUGCUCCCGACGAUUUUCCAUCUUGUUCCAAGUGUUUCUAUAGCGGUACAAGAAGCGUAA